AGGAAGUGGGUGAAUCGUGUCUCAACAAAUUUACGAGCCGAGCUUCACUGAAACGGGGGGAAAAAUGUGACGCACAAAAGUCUCAUCUGUGAAUACGUGAAAGAUACUCUGAUCAACAUCGAUUUCCCUCAGGAGCAACUUUACAGAGCAAACAUGUCGCGUAAAUCACGAAUAGUGAUGAUACUUCUUUCCGUCUUCGUGUCCACCGUUUCAGGUGCCCAGAAGUUUGAUAUUACUCCUGACCGUGGCACCACCAUCAACAUCAUCGGCAGUCAGCCCAAGGGUUGUGAAGUCUGCACAGGAUCAGGACGCUCACAAAGAUGUAGUACCUCUCUGUCAUUACAAGACAACACUCGCGUCUCUGUUGAGUUUAAAUGCUCCAGACCCCAAGAUGUAUUCACAGUGGAAAUUGUGGAAAGUAUUGAAUGCGACAAAGAGUCGUGCAGCGGCCACAUCAUCCAAGCAGACUCUGGUUCUCUGCCUUUACUGGGUUUUCAGCGCAAUUUCACCUGGAUCAUAACAGCCAAACCGGUAUUCAAGUUAGACUUCACUAAGACGGGCCUAAGACAGAUCAAACCGUCUGACAAAUGCCCAGACAGUCACACCUACACCCUGCGUGCAGGGGAGGUUGUUGUCGGGAGAUACUGCAGAGCAGGUACUGUCAGUAGUGCUCAGAUCCUGAAUCAGGGCAGCUUUUCUUUGGAUGUCCCUGCAGGCCAGAAACUGCAGCGUGACCGGUUUAUUGUGUCUGUGGGGGAGCAAAUCACCUCCCUUGCCAAAAUUUCAGUCACAUUGACAAAAGACCCAUCGGAGCUGCUCUCACCGAACUACCCGCAGAGUUUUCCUGACGACGAUGUGAUGCAGUGGUAUUUUCACAUCCCAGAAAAGCACAAGGCAACGGUCCAGUUUCUGCAUCUCACACAGCCGCGGUGUUUGAAGAAGGAAACAGCGGUGGAGUACCACAGCCGAGGGAGAGGAUCGCUGGUUCUGAGUCUGGACGACGCCCAGCCAGUUCAGACUCAGGGCAACUUCUCACUGACGCUGAGGAAUUGUGAGAUGGACAAAAGACGUUCUGGUUCUCCUGGACUUUCCCUGAGCCUCAAGGUGUCCGCUUCAAGAUCAAGUUCCCCAGUGUUGUGCAAAGUGGCUCUCAGCCAAACAGAAGGCCUUUCGCUCCACAUUGAUAAUGUGAGACCAGAUUCUGACUGUGAGAUGAAAAUAAACUCAAAGACAAUGAAGAACAUCACUGUCACAUCAAACAGUGAAAUAUCUUUCCAGGACUGCCUUCCUCAAGAUGUAAAGGUCACAGCUACGAGAGUCAUAGAGUGGAGUCAUCUCAAAGGCCGUAUGAAGACUCCACUGCAUCUGUCGGUCCCACUGCUGCCAUCCUGCUUACCCGCCGCUCUGAGCAAGGUGACUUGGACUCUCCGUCCUGAGCAGCAUGGCACCGUGGAGCUCACGCCCCCCACUGGGCUGCUGAAACAGGCCCUACCUGGACAGCCUUGCAAUGACAGCGACAUCAUCGAAAUGGCUGAUGAAAAUGGCCCUACCAUUGGACACUUCUGCUCUCAGGGGGCGAUACAAAAGGUCCUUAUCCACACCAAUGCGUCCGUCACGUGGAGGUCCAGCUUGUGGAGUCGAGCACUACGGAGCACUAAGCAUGUGCUGAGUGCAGCAUUUGAGGGCGAGAUAGCAGAAAGGUACAUAUUCAAGCUGGCGCCAUCAAAGAACACGUCAGUCCUCGUGGGGACUCCUGGUUGGCCAGCAGGCAUGAGCUCUUACUCCACCGUCUCCUGGAUCGUCUCUGUUCCCCCAAAGAUGAAGGCGCACUUGAUGUUUACUAACAUCAGCCAACCCAAGUGCAGCAACCGGCAUACCAACAUUAGAGUACAGAGAAUUGGCAGGACUGAGGAGGAUUACAGCCGCAGGGAGGAUGAGGAGGCAAAGAGGGAGAUCACUGUAUCUCAGAACUUCUACCUCAACAUGUCCAACUGUAUGCCCGAAAGAGGACAGUUUAGCGUGAUCACCAAGAUCACCCUGCAGAAGAGGAAGCACCUUCUCCUGACCAUCAUUCUGAGUGCGGUGGCUGCUCUGCUGGUCAUCUUUGUUGUCGUGCUGGUGGUGGUCUGCAUGAUGGUUAGGAAGAAGAAAAAGAAGCUCAAUGAACAAGUGGGCAUUUACAAUUCAGACGGCGCCAAUUUCUUGCCUGGACACAACGGAUGCCCAGUGACACAUGAAGACGAUGAGUCUCAUGUUUACGCUUCCAUUGAGGACACGCUGGUCUACACACACCUGCUGAAAAAAGGCGCAGAGCUCGGCAUCUACCAAGCGCACGACACAUACCAGUCCUUCACAGGACACAAAGAACCACAAAAGCCUCUGGCCUCUAAAGCUAGCAGUGAUGUUGGCAUGGAGGUCCAUCAGCCGGUUCGGCUCCCAUCUGAGCAAGGUCCUCCUCUUCCCAACAGGCCACUGAGUCACAUCCAGGUGGAAAAUGACAUUUACCAGACAGAGGACCAAAAUCAGGAGCAAUGCUCUCCAAAUCUGGGGCCACGUCUUGAGCCAGAGGGAGGGGACUAAGCAAGUGAUUGGAUUCAGCUUUCUUAUUUUCACUUGGAAAACUUGAACUUUGUGAUUUUUGUUCCCUGGCAUUUGUGUGAUUGUUUGCUGUUGAGUCUUGUACAGAGCACCCCACCCACCCCCAGAGUGAAGCUUUUGUGAUGGAAGCAAACAAAAAACCCUGUUCAAACCUGCCUGUAGCUGUUACUUUGUUGUGUCUUAGAUGAAGGUGUUUUUGUUGUUGUUCAAAGUCUUUGCCACUGUAAUGAGAUCUUAAGUCAUGUAGGCUUUUAAAUGAUUAAUUUUUUCAGGUUAAAAAGGGAGAGUAACUGUUACUGUUGCAGAACAUUUUAGAGGAUGGUGUCUGGUUUUGUACUCAAUUGCAGCAGCAUGACUUUGUUUUAUCUUUGUGGAGUAUCACCUUUCUACUGUUUUCCACUGCUUUUUGCCAAAGCUGUCCUGUAGAUACAUGAUCAUUGCAGAUAUUGCCCCCACACAGGUCCAAACACUUCUACUAAUUCACUUCAGUAUUUUAGCAAUUGUUUCCAGACCUGUAUUUCUACAGUAGAAGAACAAGAAUGCUUCUGCUAUUCAGUUCAAUGCAGCAUUUUGUUUUUGUCCAAAGUUGAUUGCUAUCUGUUGCUAAAGUUGCAUAUAAAAA